GAGAGUAGAGCUCGAGCCAAUCAUAAGCCUGCAGACCACACCACUAGUCGACGAAUCAGCGGUCGCAAAGCGCAUUCCUCAUUUGCAUAGGGUUGCCUACAAAUAGGCAGGACCCGGAGGCGGACUCCAUUUUCUGUUCUGCCAGGAGAAAGCGCAGUCAGGAUGCCCGAGCCCGCCAAGUCGGCCCCGGCCCCGAAGAAGGGGUCCAAGAAGGCGGUGACCAAGGCGCAGAAGAAGGACGGCAAGAAGCGCAAGCGCAGCCGCAAGGAGAGCUACUCGGUGUACGUGUACAAGGUGCUGAAGCAGGUGCACCCCGACACGGGCAUCUCGUCCAAGGCCAUGGGCAUCAUGAACUCGUUCGUCAACGACAUCUUCGAGCGCAUCGCGGGCGAGGCGUCCCGCCUGGCGCAUUACAACAAGCGCUCGACCAUCACGUCGCGGGAGAUCCAGACGGCCGUGCGCCUGCUGCUGCCCGGGGAGCUGGCCAAGCACGCCGUGUCCGAGGGCACCAAGGCCGUCACCAAGUACACCAGCUCCAAGUGAGCCCGCCUGCAGCCGACCGCAACCCAAAGGCUCUUUUCAGAGCCACAUAGUUUCACCAGCAGAGCUGCGCACUGCCGCGCGCUGCGGCCUGGGCUUGGCGUUCACUCAGCUGCCCUGAAAAGGCGAUCGUCACUACACUUGGUUGUUAGUGAAGAAUGCAUUCGUCUCCCCCUCUCCCGCCUGACUCGCAGAUGACCCGCCACAGUCUCCUCCCGCCUCAGUGAUCUCCCAGAGACCUCUCCAGCCUCCAAGCCUUUGCAAAUAUUCUCUUCCUGAAAUGCCCGAUUCUACCUUUGUCCCCAACACACACACACAGUUUUCUUAAAUCAACAACUCACUUUUCAGCUCUAACAAAACGUUAUUGGGGAAGCUGAUCUGCACUGUUACAGACUCUCAGAGCCACAAAGAACUGGCUGUAUUCCCGGCCCCAAACUAAUCAUUACUAAGAGGCUGGGACCCUCAGGACUAGUGUGGUAGAAUCAGGACCUGAUCCCUGGGACUAGAGAGAAAGUCGGCCUUCCCUGGAGCACAAGGCAACGAGGAGGGGGAGACUGGAACGAAACUGAGGCUCUUAGAAAGAAGGAGGGGAAGUGGCCCUCCCUGCCUGAUACCCGGGCCUUCUGGGCAGAAAGGAGCAUCCAUCUGGUUCAUUCAUACUCAAGUGGCAAGCACGGAAUCAUGUCCUGAGAAUACGGAGCAGUGCUUCUGAGUGUGCAUCGAAAUCACCUGGAGGCUUGUUAGAGGACAGCUUGCUGCCCCACUCCCAGGGUUUCUGUCUCAUCACCUCUGGGGGAAAUCUGGGAACUUGGCUUUCUAACAAGUUCCCACAGAUAAAAAUGCUGCUUCUGGCUACUAAGCUUCGAGAACGUCUGAUACAUGGAGAACAAGCUAACCAAAGCCCCUUCCUGUGUGGACGUUUCUCUCUGGUGGUAAAGAUGAGGUUAUGGGAUAUGAGGAAAGCAAAGCCAGGCGCACCUGGGCCGCUCAGUCGGUUAAGUGUCUGCCUUCGGCUCAGGUCAUGAUCUCAGGGUCCUGGGAUGGAGCCCCGCUUUGGGCUCCCUGCUCAGCAGGAAGUCUGCUUUGCCCUCUCUCUCUGCCCCCCCCACUCCCUCUCUAAUAAAUAAAUAAAAUCAUUUUUUAAAAAUGAAGAAAGAAAAAUCAGAGGACAGUUGAAGCAAUGCCUUUUUUGUCAAAUACUGAUGAUUUCCUCUGUGUGAGGCAUUAAGCUAGAGCAGUAAGCAUGACAGACAAGAGACUGCUCUCAGGGGCUGAGAUCCUAGUGGGAGAGGAGAGAUCAUAGACACACUGAUUCCUCAACUCCCUCAUUUCAAAUAGGAGUUCUCACUGCUAUGAAAUUAUUGGAACUAAAACAGGUGCCCUGAUGCUGACUAGGUGAUGCUCCUGAUGAGGGAACCAACGACCCUCAUUUGGGGAUACAAAUUCCAGGCCAAGGGACUGAUGGUACAACAAAGCUCUAGGGCAGGGAGGAGUUUGUGCUCAAGGUUGGAAGUGCUGUGAGCUGGAAGCCUUGUAAGCAAAGGUAAGGUGUUAAGUAAGAGACAGGGCUGGGGCUUAAAUGGAUGCCUGAACAUGUUGGACCUUAUGGGCCAAAGAAGGCAUCCAGAUUUUUAUUGUGUCCUGAGAAACUCUUAGAAUUUGAAAGCACUCAGGCUGCUGUGUGGAAAAUGGUAUUUGUGGGAUUAAAGAUAAAAACAAGCAGAAGAAAGAAUGGAAAGGUUAUUGCAAUAAUCCUGGUGAAAUUAUUAUAAGUCCUCUGGGAAGAGAAAGUCCAAAGAAUUUCUUUAUGAACCGGGUUUCAUGGGUGAAGAGACAUGUAGCUGACAUUUACUGAGCAUUUUACAUGUGUUUAAGAGAUUGUGCCAAACCCUUUCCAAAGGCUAGCUCACUUCGUCCUGUCAACAUCCACAGUAUCUAGACACAACUAUUCUGUCUUCUAGUUGACUAGGGAUGAGCAAGGUGUGGAGCUGAGGCUAAAGCCAGACAAUGUGUCUCCAGGUUGUAUGCUUACCCACACCUUACAAGCGCUGCUGAAAUUCUUGGAUGAAUGGUGCAGAAUUAUAGGACAGGAUGAGGUUUCAGAGGCUGGGAUAUGACAAUGUUUAAAUCCCCUUAAGCAUUCCAUCGGAGGGUCAAGUGCGUUGUUGUACAUGUAGUCUGGAAAUCAGAACA